AUGGAUUGGCUCAAGAGCUUCUACUAUGACAAGAAGGCCCAGGUCGUGCUCUUCUCGAGCACGGCAAUAGCCCUCUAUGGCUACGACCAAGGAAUGAUGUCCCUGAUCAACACCAAUCAGGACUACCUUCGCACCAUGGGAAUAGCGGAAGAUGAUGCUCAAGUCGGUGUCAUCGUCUCGGUCUACUAUCUCGGCUGUGCUGUUGGAGCGGUCUUCUUCAGCUGGCUGGCCGACAAGUAUGGCCGAAGACCUGGUCUCUUCGGCUCCCUAGCAGUCACGAGUUUGGGCAACCUCUUGAUGUUCGUGUCCGGUCUCGGCUAUACUCGAGGAGCCCUCGUGGUCAUGUAUCUUGGACGAAUCAUCAUGGGCCUUGGUGUUGGUGGUGUCGACAGCGUUGUUCCAGUCUAUAGCUCAGAGCUCAGCUCCGAUCAUGCUCGUGGCAAGGCAAUGGCACAGGAGUUCCAGAGCAACAUCUUCGGUUUGAACAUGGCUUUUGCCAUCAAUCUGGGUGUGACCGUAGCCUUGGGCAAGUCCAAUCAGUGGGCUUGGAGAAUCCCCAUCAUCGCGAUGCAGAUCUACCCUGUUGGACUACUGGCUGUCAUCGAACGCUUGCCGGAGAGUCCUCGCUGGUUCGUCUUCCACGACAAGUACGACGAGGCACAGCAAGCCCUGUACAAUAUCGAGGGGGAAGACGAGGGGAAGAAGAAAUACGACGAAAUGGCCGAGGCUGCCAGCAAGGAGAGAGAUGAGCAAGUUUCCUACACGGACAUGUUCACUCCUGGCCACCCACAGUUUCACCCUACCGUAAUUACUAUAAUGGGACAGAUCAACCAAGCAUUGACGGGCUACGGAGCCGUGUCUGUCUACGGCCCUCAGAUCUUCGAGCUGCUGGGCUAUCCCACUCGGGAGUCUGAAUAUCUGACACAGGGAAACUACAUCUCCUACUUCAUCCUCAUGACCUUUGCCUGGCUGUUGGUCGAUGCUGUCGGUCGCCGAUCUGUCUUGCUCGGUGGCUCUGGCGUGCUGUCCAUCAGCUUUUUCCUGCUCGCCCUCUUUGCCGGCUUGGCUUCCAACAAGAGCGAGCUAGGCAUUCCACUUCAAGCUGUUGCCAUCCCCGGCAUCGUGGUCCUCUACGUCGCUACUGGAGCCUUCGGCAUCGGCUGGCUCGCCACGAUCUGGCUCAUCCCAACUGAGAUCUUCCCCACCACAGCCCGAGCACAAGGCACCGCCGUCAGCGUCAUCAUCUGGGGCCUGGCAAACUUUGCCGUCACUCUUCUCACGCCCAUCAUGUUCAACAAUCUGAAAUACUGGAUCUUCCUGGUCUUCGCCAUAACCAACACGUUUGCUGGCACCUGGACGUACCUCUACUGCCCCGAGAGCGGCGGGCGGAGCUUUGAAGAGAACCAAGAGUUCUUUGAGAGUGCGAAGGAGGAGAAGAGUUGGAAUGUGAACAAGGUUGAUGAAGGGAAGUUCAAGUACCUGCCGUACCCAAAGCCGGAUGGAGCGAACGGGGAGACGCAGCCGUUGUUGCGAAGAGUGCAUGAUCAAGUUGGGUAG